AAUUUGCAUAGAGCUUGAACCGGCGAAGUUCCAUCCUGCAGCCCUUGAACAACCGUCCUUGAGUCUGGGUGGACAAUGAUCCUUCAAGGCAACACUUGUAGCCAGAAUGUCAAUGAACCUACCUACUCCCAAUCUACCUCCAUAAAGAAUAGCCGUGCCCGUCGUGGUGGGGUACCCGUAUGUAACCCCUUAGAUCCGGAGUAAAGCGGAGCCAUGCGGGCCCAGGCCGGGAAGUGCGGACCGCGGGAGGUACAGACCGGACCCGAUGACCUCUAUACUGACCUCCGGUUCCGAUCUUUCAAAACGGCCUCCAUUCCGAACUUCACAUCGACAUCCGUCCCACCUUCCUCCCGCAUUUUUCACCAGCGAGCACCACGCUGGCUAUCCGUCUGAUCCAACUUUUCCCUUGAAUAAAAAUACCAUCACGCACAUCUUCGCCGCGACAUUCACCAUGCCGCACUCAACCGAUUGGUCGCCGCCUGCUCCGGACACCGACAGCCCGACUUUGGCCCGUGAGGGUCAACAUUCAGCUGCCGCCAACGCCAUCACCACCACCACCCCCGCCGCGAUUCCGACGUUCGUCCCUCUCGCUCGUCCGAUUCUGGCUGUCGCCCCCACCCCCGAGGAUGCUCCGGUCUUUGCUCACACCUUCCCCGCGGCCCACGUCCCUGCCAUUGCCGCCGCCGCAGCUCCGACGAGGACGACGAGGACGACGAUGACGGUGUCUCCUUUGCCGCCUUCCCCGCCUCCAACAAUGACAUUCUCGCGGAGGCCGGUCCCGGUGAUUGGCCGGUCGCCCGGACCCGGCAAAAGCAUCAUUAGCGAGCUGCUGAGAGAGCAGCGGCAGAGGGAGCAACCGCGAUCUCCUGACUCCCCGCAGCACCCCGAGCAGAGCACCUAAAACCAUCAACCUAACCGCGAUGGUUCGACAGGGUGAGGAAAAGGGAAGA